AGAAAAGAAAAGAAUAGACACAAAUCUUCCUUUCGACAAGCAGCAGUUUGAAAUUAAAUGGCCCAAACAAAUGAAAAUGUAGUUUCCAUGGAGAAGGAGCUGUUUGUGAAGCAAGUCACAAGAAGAGGAGGUGGACAAGUAAGCAGAGGAGACCAAGACCAACCUGCAGAAAUUGAGCAAAGUUCAAGGGUGAGUAUUACAAUCCAUGAGGCAAUAAAAACUAUUCCCAGGGAGGAGAGACUCAAAGAAUUCAGGGAAGCAGAAGCGCCAAGUCUGGAUGCGAAACCAAAGAUCCAAAGGAUUCCCUUCAUGCUCCGAGAUCACAAAAAUUUCGACAAAUACUACGAGCCAAGGGUAGCUGCCAUCGGUCCUUUCCACCAUGGUAAACCAAAGUACGAGCAGGCAGAGAAAGUUAAGCGUUACUUAGCUGUGAACUUUGUCAAAGACAGUAAGCAGAAUGAUGCAGAUUUGCUCAAGAAGGUUGAGGAGAACAUCAAGGAACUAAGGAAGUGCUAUGAUGAGGAAGCAACAAAGGAGUAUGACGAUGAUUCCCUCGCGUGGAUGCUGUUCGUUGAUGGGUGUUCGACGCUGGAAUUCAUAUACAAAUAUAAUCACUUGGAAUCUUUUAACAUCAAGAGAGACCAGGUGGCCUUUGCAGAACAGGACAUGUUCUUGCUAGAGAACCAACUUCCUUAUCAACUCCUCAAGCUGUUGAUGAGCUCCAGCAACAUACAUGGGGACUUGAAGGACUCAAUCGAGAGGUUUGUUCAGAUGCACGGAUUUGCACCACCAGUUGAGAACCAGAAGUCACAACCAGAUAAGAACCAGAAGUCACCACCGGAUGAGAACCAGAUGUCACAACAAGGUGCACGAAAGCCGGAACAGAAGACAAACAUAAAUAGGGAAGAGAAGCAACAUCCUCAAGGCAUAACAAUACCCAUGGAACCAGAGCCAACUCAUCUUCUUGAGCUUCUUCUGACAAGAAUGCUAGGAUAUCCACCUAGAAAAAGUGAGCCAAGUGUCCACCUUGGUUCCCAAUCUUUUCGUAAUGUACAAGAGCUUCAGGCAGCCGGGAUCCAUUUUAAGCAUAGUAAGGAGGGCAGCUUAUUGGGCCACAUAGAUUUUAAGAGCUAUAUAUGCUGUGGGUUCCUUUAUCUUCCUAAAAUAAAAGUAGACGAUUCUAUGGGGCCUAAAUUCAUGAACUUGAUAGCCUACGAAAUGUGUCCCGAUUUCCAGAACGAUUUUGGGGUCACCUCUUACAUAAGCUUCCUCGAUUCGCUCAUCGAUCAUCAGGAUGAUGUGAAGCAUCUGAGGAAAAAGCACAUACUUCGAAACUUACUUGGGAGUGACGAGGAGGUGGCUCAACUCUUCAAUGAGAUAGGCACUGACUUGGUGCCUAACAAUGCAAUUUACAGCAAAGUUAAAAGCAAGAUAGAAGAUCACUACCAGACCAUGUGGAAGAAAUGGGUGGCUCAAUUCUUUCAUGAACAUUUCAGCAGCCCCUGGACUAUCCUGGCCUUCACUGGUGCUCUCUUAGGGCUUUGGAUGACCGCUGUUUCGACGUGGUACACCGUCAAUUCUGAUACCCCUCCAUGUGAAGCCUUACUUGAGUACCUGAAAGCGCGCGGGUACUAAAUGGACUACGAGCAUGACAAUUAUAAUGUAAUGUCAUAGCUUCUCAAGGGUCCUCUCUCCAUUUGGUAUUUUACUGUUACUAUCAGCAGAUGUGACUAAAAUAAGGCAAGUUGAACAUGUGUGCUUUUUUCUUAAUUUGGUGGAACUUUUUGUUUGAUUUUAGUUGAAGUUUGUGUGUA